AUGAGGGCGCAGGACUACUCAACCCAAGAAUAUUUUGUGCAGCGGGACAUUCUGGAUGAGCUGCACCUGGAUGGCGUGGCACGGAAAAGGACACAAUCCUCUAAGCCCCCCCUGGGUGAACGGAUAAAAGACUCUCUGAGGUGUUCAGGGCCCAGGCUGAAGCAGGCAGUGCUGGGCUGUGUGCCUGUCCUGUCCUGGCUGCCUCGCUACUCCAUCAGAGAAAAUGCCAUGGGGGACGUAAUCUCUGGCGUCAGUGUGGGCAUCAUGCAUCUGCCACAGGGUAUGGCGUAUGCUCUCCUAGCAGCCAUACCCCCAGUGUUUGGCCUGUACACCUCCCUCUACCCUGUGCUGAUCUACUUCAUCUUUGGCACCUCCAGACACAUCUCCAUAGGUACAUUUGCAGUGGUCAGUAUUAUGAUCGGUGGUGUGAUGGAGAGGCUGGCACCGGACAGUGACUUUCCAAUCCUAAAUGGAGUUAAUGGAACAGAGACCGUGAACAUCACUGCUCGGGACGCCUACAGAGUCCAGAUAGCAUGUGCCUUCACUGUCCUAGGAGGGCUGAUUCAGAUCCUCUUGGGUUUGGUGAGGUUUGGUUUCGUGGUCACCUACCUGUCUGAGCCUCUGGUGCGGGGCUACACUACAGGAGCAGCAUGUCACGUCACCAUCUCCCAACUCAAGUACCUGUUUGGGAUCAAACCAUCACGUUUCUCUGGACCGCUGUCUCAAAUUUAUACCCUGCUGAAUAUUUGUCAGUUGCUGCCUGAGACUAAUGUGGCAGAGCUGGUGGUCAGCCUGGUGGCCCUCGCUGUUCUCAUUGUGGUCAAAGAACUGAACGCCUGCUACAGCAAGAAGCUGCCUCUGCCCAUACCUAUAGAGCUCAUAGUUAUCAUAGCAGCAACAAUCAUCUCCUAUUUUGCUGGGAUUAAUAAUAAAUAUGGUGUUGAUAUAGUUGGAGAGAUACCCAGUGGGCUCAAGGCUCCUCGUGUCCCAAAUUUCAGUCUUUUCUCAGAGUUGAUAGGUGAUGCGUUUGCGGCAGCGAUUGUGGGCUAUGCCAUCAAUAUUUCUCUGGGCAAAACCUUUGCCCUCAAACAUGGCUACAAGGUGGAUAGCAACCAGGAGCUGAUUGCCUUGGGCCUCAGUAACACUAUUGGAUCAUUCUUUCAGUGCUACUCUGUGACUUCUUCCUUGUCUCGCAGCCUCAUCCAGGAGAGCACAGGGGGCAAAACCCAAGUUGCAGGAGUGGUGUCUUCUGUCAUUGUGCUGAUCACUGUUUUGAAAAUAGGUUCUCUGUUUGAGGAUCUCCCCAAGGCCGUGCUGUCCACAAUUGUGUUUGUGAAUUUGAAAGGGAUGUUUAAGCAGUUCCUGGACGUGCCCAUGCUGUGGAGAACCAACAAGGUUGAUUUGCUGGUGUGGCUGGUAACAUUCACAUGCACCGUCCUGCUCAACCUGGACCUGGGUCUGGCUGUCUCCAUUGGCUUUUCUAUGCUCACUGUCAUCUUCAAAACACAACUGCCUCGCUACUCUAUCUUGGGCCAAGUGCCAGGCACUGAUCUGUAUCUGGACACAGACACUUAUGAGGAGGCCAAAGAGAUUCCAGGCAUUACCAUCUUCCGUUCCUCCACUACAGUGUACUACACCAAUGCUGAGCAGUACUUGGAGGCCUUGCAAGAGAAGAGUGGAAUUGACAUCGGGAACCUGUUGACACAGAAGAAAAAGCGGGACGCAAAGCAGAAGCGUCGGCAGGAGAAAGAGAAAAAGAGAGCUAAAAAGGAAGAAAAGAAACAAAGAAACAUGAAUGGCCACCUGUCGAAUGGCAAAUUCUCUGAGGAGUCAGAGAAGAACCAGUCGAUGGAGUUGAAAAAUGGGAUGCUUCCUACAGGGAUGAAUGCGCACCACCAGGGGAAUGGUGUGGCCAUAAUCACCACUGAAACCCAUGCAAAUGGCCAUGUCAGUGGCCAGGUAAACUGGGCUUACCAACAUGACGGGAACAUGUCAGACUCCGACUCAGAGACGGGCUGCCAUGAUGAUAAUGACACCACCACCCAGACAUCUCACAGCGGCGAUGUGGAGAAAGGGAGCGCCUGUGGUUCAGGCACACACAGCAUCAUCUUGGACCUCUCCACAACCAGCUUUGUGGACACAGUCUCUGUCAAGAUGCUGAAAAAUAUGUUCAGAGACUUUGGAGAGAUUGAUGUAAACAUCUAUCUUGCAGGCUGCCAAGCCUGUGUAGUGGAGCAGCUGGAAAGGGCUGGUUUCUUCUCAGAGUCCAUCCCAAAGAGCAGGCUGUUUGCUACCAUUCAUGAUGCCGUGCUCCACAUCUUCAAGAAUCUCUGUUUGACAGACACGACCAGCUAUGACCUUGCACCGGAUGUUUCCUGCAGCACCAAGAUGUGA